AUGAAGCUCGUACGGUUCCUGCAGAAGCUCAACUCGGAGACAGUUACUGUGGAGUUGAAGAACGGCACUGUAGUUCAUGGGACCGUCACUGGUGUGGAUGUGUCGAUGAACACGCAUAUGAAGAACGUGAAGGUCACAGUGCGCGGCCGCAACCCAGUGGGCAUGGACCAUUUGACCAUCCGCGGUAGCACUAUCCGUUACUUCAUCCUCCCCGACCAUAUCCCUCUGGACACCUUACUGAUCGAUGAUGGCCCGAAGAAUAAGGCUGCUCGCGAGAGAGGUUUCGGUAAAGGGAAGGGCAAGGGAAAGGGCAAGGGUAAGGGCAAGGGUAAAGGUGCCCGAUAA